AAAAUCGAAACGACUUGAAAGUUUCUAGGGUGGCCGUUGGGGGUUAGUCUUUCGUUGGUGGUUGCCGGAGGAAGUGUUCUAGUGAUUAUGUUUUAAGUGAGAUCGAUUUUUUUUCGGAUUCAAGAUGAUGAAAUUUAAGGUAGCCGGCCUUGUGGCCGACCUGAUGCCCAACAUCAGGUUGAUGCAGGGUGCAGGUCACUUCAUGCUAAAUUACCACGCUGAUAAUUCAGGUGCCUUGCACACUCUUCGAUUGGGCUACUGUUGCGUGCAUCUUGUCUUGAUGCUGUUCCAAUAUGGAACAAUUUUGGGUAAUCUGGUCGUGGACAGGGAAGACGUCAACGAACUCGCCGCCAACACCAUCACCACCUUGUUUUUUGCUCAUUGUAUCACCAAGUUCAUUUAUUUUGCACUUAGGUCUAAACUGUUUUAUAGAACUUUAGGAAUUUGGAACCAGGCGAACAGCCAUCCAAUUUUCCUGGAGUCGAACAACAGGUACCAUGCCUUAGCCUUGAAAAAAAUGCGGAGGCUUCUUGUAAUCAUUGUCUGUGCCACCCUUUUUAGUGGAAUUGCUUGGACAGCCAUAACUUUCGUAGGAGACAGUGUGAAGUCAAAAAAAGAUCCGGAAAACGAGAACGAAACGAUAACGGUGGAAAUACCGAGGCUUCUGAUCAAAUCAUGGUACCCCUGGGACGCCAUGUCCGGCACGGCCUACUACGCAACCCUGGUGUUCCAGGUUUACUACGUCUUUUUCGCUUUGGCCCAGGCGAAUCUCCUUGACAGCUUGUUCUGUUCCUGGUUGAUCUUCGCUUGCGAACAACUCCAACACUUGAAGGAAAUCAUGAAGCCACUCAUGGAACUAAGUGCCACUUUGGACACCUACGUCCCGAAAAGCGCUGACCUUUUCCGUGCCCCAAGUGCCAACAAUGACAUAAUGGAAAACGGUAAUCCUACUCCUUCUCGUUCGUCAAAAAACUUAUGUGAAUUUGUUCCAGAAUACAACGACAAAAACGAAGACCUAAACCUCAAAGGAAUCUACAGUACAAGGCAAGAAUUGGGAGGUCAUUUUAGGUCUGGCGCCCUCCAAACCUUCGGUCAGGGCGGCGGAGGAGUGGGUCCGAACGGGCUGACCAAAAAACAAGAGCUGAUGGUUCGAUCAGCCAUUAAAUAUUGGGUGGAACGACACAAACACGUCGUCAGACUUGUAACGGCAAUAGGGGACGCCUAUGGAGUGGCUCUUCUCCUCCACAUGUUAACAUCCACUGUCAUGCUCACCCUGUUGGCCUACCAAGCUACAAAAAUCGACGGCGUUAACACUUACGCAGCAUCGACACUGGGAUAUCUGCUUUACGCCCUUGGACAAGUUUUCCACUUCUGCAUCUUCGGCAACCGGCUGAUCGAAGAGAGUUCUUCGGUGAUGGAGGCGGCGUACAGUUGUCACUGGUACGACGGCUCAGAGGAGGCGAAGACUUUCGUGCAGAUCGUGUGCCAACAGUGCCAGAAGGCUAUGUCAAUUUCUGGAGCGAAGUUCUUCACAAUUUCCUUGGAUUUGUUCGCUUCUGUACUUGGUGCCGUUGUGACCUACUUCAUGGUGUUGGUACAAUUGAAAUAAGCCCUUUUUUAUCUUUACAGUACUUUGAAGAGAUUGUGAUCUGUACUGGCAUUGCACAAUACCUCAACUGUACAAAAGUAUUAUUAUAGAUUGUGAUAUGAGUAAGGUUAAGUACAAAACUAGCACCGUACCUUUUAAAUAAAUGUUGUGCCUUCACCGAGAAAUUUGAUAAUUUCUAUUCGUGGACAAAUACUCAGGCAUUCUUAAGUGUCUUAAUACUAUUUUUAUAAAUAGUUAUAUUUUUUAAUUUAGACGCCACCGCCAAAAUAAGUAUUAUAUCUGCACUAAGUUUUCAUGACUUUGUAUACUGUUAAGGGGAACAUACUCUUAAUUCUAGUCUGUUAAACACUAAUUUAAGAUUUUAAAUGUUAUAAAUUAUUGAUAUUUUAAUAAAGAAGUACAAAGUUACAA